AUGAAGCAUGAAGGAGUCGAUUUUUCUGGCGGUUCAAGCCUUCAAUCGGGGUUGUGGGGGUUGAGAAGGGUAGCAACAGCCGGAGAGGGUGCUUCUGGUGGUGUUUCUCGGCAGAAGGCGGAAGGGAAGGGGAUAUGGAGGUGGCGGCAGUGGGGAACUGGGAAAACAUCACCGGAUGUUGAACCAGACUCCGGCGAGGCCGUUGUUUCCUCCGGUGAGGUCUUUGUUUACUCCGGGGAAUCAGUUGCCGAACAAGUAAAGAGUCUUGAGAUUCCGACAGCUCCAAAGCUCACCUGGGAUUUUUCUGAUGAGUUUGAUGGAGAUUAA